GAUUGUGUUGAAUAUUAGUUGCAAAAAAAAAAUGAUCCAUACAUUAUUUUUUCUAUUGUAUUUGUUGUGUAGUCAUGUUAGUCUUAAAGUUGACGGAAUUCAGGAAGAUUUGGAAUUGGAGAGACAAUUUGAUCUCAUUAAUAAACCUUCUAUGAAGAGUAUUCAUACGAAGGUUGGAGACAUUAUUGAUUGCAUUGACAUUUACAAACAACCAUCAUUUGACCAUCCUUUGUUAAAGGGCCAUAAGUUGCAGAGAAAACCUAGCUUUCAUAAUGUGAUUGGAGAGUCAAGUCACAAAAAUUUAAGAACUAAAUCCAUAUUUGGAUUGAGUAAGGAUGAAUGUCCGACGGGGACUGUUCCUAUACUCAGAACAACAAAAGAUGACCUUAUUCGUGAAAAAUCAAUGUUAAACAAUCAUAUGUUGGUUCAAGACGUUCCUGGUGUUCAUCUUGCAGAAGUUUCCCUUAAACCACAUUUUGGUCCUUAUUACGGAGUCAAUGGAAUAAAUAGUCUUUAUAAUCCACGACUUGAUGCAAAGUUUCAAAUCUCUAUGUCUCAUUUGUGGGUUCAAAAUGGAUUGAUAGAAUCAACUAACAAAAUCUCAUUAGGAUGGCAUGUGAUUCCAGAACUAUAUGGUGAUUAUGCAUCUCACUUUUAUUCCUCAUGGACGUCAGAUAACUACAAGAAGACAGGAUGCUACAAUAUUCGGUGUGCAGGUUUUGUUCAAACUAGUAAAGAAAUUUAUCUUGGUUUACGCAUAACCAAUGUAUCUGUCUAUGGAGGACCAAUUUAUGCAUCUCCCUUUUCUAUUUCUCAGGAUCCAAAGACCAAAAAUUGGUGGUUAAGUAUAGAAAAUAAAUUUAUUGGAUAUUUUCCAAUAAAAUUGUUCUCAAACAUGAGCUCAGCUGAUGAAGUAGGGUGGGGUGGAAGAACAAGAACUCGUCUUGGUACUCAUAGUCCUCAAAUGGGAUCUGGACAUCUUCCUAAUGAUAACAUUGCUACUCAUGCUUGUUACUUUAGACAAGUGACGAUUCAAGAUUCAUCAAGAAGAACUCGUGGAGCUAAAGCGUAUGAAACUUAUUCAUUCAGUGACAACCCCAAUUGUUAUGAUGUUAAAUACUAUGCAGAUGCAGUACAUUACUUUGGCUUAGCACUUUUCUUUGGAGGACCUGGUGGUAACUGUGGCAAUUAAUUUAUUUUCAAUUAAACUUUAUAUGAAGUAAAGAAAAACUU